AUGCGAUGCUGGGCAGCGUUCUGCCUUGCUGCUGUAACUUACAGCGCGCGAUGGUGUUGCCAUUCGGCUGCAGCCGGCCGCGGCUCGAACUCCGCCUUCCUGUGCGGAGCCGCGGCACAGACCCGGAGGCAAAUUCUAUUGCGCAAUUCAUCGCAAGACUAUGACAUCAUGGCGGAUCCUCUGGAUUCCAGGCCUCAGAUUGAGUACGAGACAGUCAAAUACCCGCCGUACCCAUACUACGAUGCGCCCAGAAACCUCUUCUUUGACGCAUCCGGGAUAAAGGAUGCCAGUGCAGAGGGCGAUGCCGAUGACAUAUCUGUGGCGUCGGAGACGCAGAAGUCCUACAUGAAAAAUGCAGAAAUUAGGAGCGCAGAAUUUGACCGCAUGGUUGGCAAAGACUACCGUGACUACAUUUACGUCGCUGGGACACAGCACCCGGGGGAGCAAAUGAAGACAGAUAUCGCAGAAUACGAUGCCGUCAGACCGGGAAUUGCACCUUGGCCUAGCUAUGAGCAGCUCAAAGAAGACGGAUUGGCAGUAAACACGUCGUUAUUCAAUGGCUUCGACACAAGCAACAGGCUGGAAAGGCAUCUUGUCGGCAAGCCCAUGUUGAGGAAUGACAUCACCACACUGGGAGAGGCUCGCACGGAGCAAAGACGGUGGUUACAGCGGAGUUACGCAGAUGAGUGGCCACUUACCUACGAGGAGUUCGCGGCGAUGCCUCUGGACAUGCGCGAGGCAUACUACGCCAACAGAUACCAGCUCUGUGAUGGUGACGAAAAGUUCGCAAUGGUACUCAAUUACCGAAGGGCGCUCGGUCGUGCCGGCGACAAGAUGCACCCUUCAGAGUUUCCGUACAUGGAGGACAGCUAUACUUACACGCCCAAGGACAGUCCUGUCGCAGGAGAUCUCAUGAACUGGGAUGAUCCGCUUGAUGCGCCAUGGAGGCUACGCGUGGAGGAGUGUAUACGGGACUGCGUCACAUACAGCUGGCCACCGGAAAGGAUAAGAUUCCACACAUGUUUCGAAGUGUACGACGUUACGUGGUUGGCGGGAGUUGUGAAGGUAGUUAUCGAGCAGACCAGGGAUGAGGGUGAAUUCAUCAGCCCCAACGAACUCAAGCUGAUGCUCUUGAAGCUAGAGAAACGACUUCAGCAACUGGACGAAGAAGAACACACGCAAUCUAUCGCCACCCACUCGAUCAUGCUGAUUGCACGCCCCGACCCGAAGCGCAUGGCCCCAGAGGAACUCAAAAAGCUUAUAUGCCGCAGGGACUGGAACUCACAUAUAGGGCAAGAGGUCAUUGUGACGUUUACAAACAAGGAAGCCAGCCAAAUUAGAGGAAUUAUGCGUGGCUCUCGCAGCGUCCUGGCACUGGAGCUCGAUAUUGAGUGGCAGCGACAGACGCUGCCACUCAACUUCAUACGUGAAAUAGCACUGGCGUAA